AAUAUUAUAAUGUUAUAUCAGCCAUUAUUCUAGAUCAUGUUUGCUCUACAACCAUGGAAAUAGCUAGGAAGUCGAUCUAUCUCAUUUACCUUUCUGGUCCAAUGUCUUGAAUGAUAUCAAGUGAAUGAAACCUUAAUUUAAACUAGCAGCAAAGUGUUAAUCUGCUCUAGAAAUUGAAAUUUGAGGAAAAAAGAGAGGAGGAAAGUUGAAAAAAACAAAGGAAAGGAAAAAAAGGAGAUGAGCAUAUAUACGAGGCCAUGAUUUACCAUGCGGGGGAGUUGGUAAGAACAUGACGUGACGUUUGGUGAUGUGAAUCGUCAGGGCGCCAUCACAUCGGACGGAAACAACGUGGUUGCCUACGUUGUGGGUCCCUUUUUCCUCUACCACCUUCGCAUCAACCGAGCUCUAGCCACCCUCCUGAUCUAUUCUUCUUUGCUUUCUACCUUCACAUAUCAUUACUAAAUUAUAGUCUUAAUUUACAUUAUCUUAAUAUAACAUGCAUCAUAUUGAUGCAUAAUCCUUUAGUUGCUCAUUCUCAAUCACUAUAUAUAUACACACCAUUCUCUCCAUUGGAGACACCUUAAUUCCAUUUCCUCAUUCUCCCCCAUUUCUUCUUCCAACCAACAUCUCUUUCUCUUCUUCUUUCUCCUCCAAAAGCUAAACCUUGUCUCCCUCCUUUUUCUAGACCCACCCAUCCUCCCUUUCCACCAGAAGCUUUUCCUCCAUCUUUUGGUUCUUAUUCCAUCCCAAAAACUCAGCCCUAUUGCACCCACCACACUACAGCUAUCCUUCCUUUCCUUUCCUUUCCUUUCCUUUCUUCCUGAAACCCAGACUCCUACUCCAACCAAGUCCUACUUCUUCUACAUACUCUUUCUUCGUUUCAUGAACGAAACUGAGUAGGCUUUCCACCUAACGAAGUAUAGAGUAGAAUGGAUUAAGUUAGGAGCGAGCAAGAGCAACCCAAUUGUUCAGCUUUUUUCCCCCGGAAGUAGUAACAAAAAAGAUUGCGAGGAUCGAUGUCGGCCGCCACCUCCGGCUCCAACUCGAACAGCUCGAUGAGUUCGGGCGCCAGCGAAGGGCGGCUGAGCCGCUACGAGUCGCAGAAGCGGCGAGACUGGAACACGUUCGGGCAGUACCUGAAGAACCACCGGCCGCCGCUGGCGCUCUCGCGGUGCAGCGGCGCGCACGUCCUGGAGUUCCUGCGGUACCUGGACCAGUUCGGGAAGACCAAGGUCCACACCGCCGGGUGCCCCUUCUUCGGCCACCCGUGCCCCCCGGCACCCUGCCCCUGCCCCCUCCGCCAGGCCUGGGGCAGCCUCGACGCCCUCGUCGGCCGCCUCCGCGCCGCCUUCGAGGAGAAUGGCGGCCACCCGGCGGUCAACCCCUUCGGCGCCCGCGCUGUGAGGCUCUACCUCAGGGAAGUGAGAGACUCGCAGGCCAAGGCGAGAGGGAUCACGUACGAGAAGAAGAAGCGGAAGCCUCUGCCGCCCCCAGUACCGCUGCAGGCCGCUGCUCCAGCGCCGGCAUCAUCAGCGUCGCCGGCAACUUCCAUUCUGCAUCCUGAUCUGAAUUCGAUGACUUCGGGCAAUAUGGAUUGCCCAAGUUACCAGUACGGCCAUGCGAUCUUCCUCGGCGGUCAGGCCGACGACGAGCUUGUUAUGGCGGUCAUCGACUCUCGCAGUGGUGCUCUCUUGCCGCUGCCGGUGUUUAAUUAGUAUGACUGCAGUAGCUCUUCUUAUAGUAGAACGAUGUUAGUAGGUAGGUUGAUAUGAGCAAGCUAGCUUGUGGGUGGCUAUAAAUCUCUUGUUGACAAGAGACAGUGCUGUGGUUCUUGGAAUUUUAUGAUUGUGUUUUACGAACUUAUGCAUAUGUUUUUGUUCGUCAUCAUGUUUUUAAGUGUACUGUGGUUUUGUUAAGUGUGUUUGUUUGACUU